GUAUGAUCAUAGUAUGAUGUCGUCUUAGUACAACCAUCAUUUCUAUUCUACCAAGGAUGCCAAGGAGACCUCGGCAACUUGAAAGCUCUAAAGCUCUAAGCUCUCAGUUAGUUACACUAGAUCGAGAAGUUGGGAGAAUAAAUACAACACGUCUUCCCAGUUAUACCUAGGAUGAAUGUUUCCUUUACUGUGACUACUUUUAUUCUUGUUACCUUAAAUCUUAAAACUUGAUCGAAUCCAAGUUUAUUCCCCCAAGUCAUAAACCGCAUCUUUGAACAUGGCCGACGACCAAGCCAAAGUUAAGCUCUACUGGCUAGAGCGAUCUCGUGCUCAAAACAUCCUCUGGCUUCUAGAGGAGCUCAAUAUACCUUAUGAGCUCGAGACAUUCCGCCGAGUGAAUAGAUUUGCGCCACCGGAACUGAAGAAAGUUCACCCACUGGGCAAGUCGCCCGUAAUCUCCGUAACGCCUCCGGGAUCUGCGGAGCCGAUCGUCUUGGCAGAGAGUGGGUUCAUUACUCAGUACCUUUGCGAACACUUCGGUAGCGAGACCACGAUGAUGCCUAAGCGCUGGAAAGAUGGACAGGAGGGCAAGGUCGGCGGUGAGACUGAGCAGUGGCUUCGGUGGCAAUAUUUUCUUCACUACGCCGAAGGCUCGUUAAUGCCGAUGCUGUACCUCGGAAUGGUUCUCGGGGCACUAAAGGGGCCGACCGUUCCUUUCUUCCUCCGUCCGAUUACGUCUUUAGUGGCCAAUCAGCUUAUCGCCAAGCUGGUGUUCCCCAAUGCAAAGAAACAGCUCGCUUUCUUAGAGCAGCAGUUGGAAACCUCGGGAGGCGAUUAUCUGUGCGGCCCGGAUCUCACGGGAGCGGACGUAUUACUAAGCUUCGCGCUCAUCACGGCCAAGGACAGCUUUGAGGCCUUUGGGGCUUGGGAUGAGGGAGGGCCCAGGAAGUUGUUUCCCAAGUUUUUUGCCUACAUUGAUAGGCUAGAUGCUCAUCCUGGACAUAAAAAGUCGGUCGAGAAGAUCAAGCAGAUUGAUGAGACCCUGGGCACCGAGUUUCCGGCAUAAUUAACUCAUUUUUGGUAACUUGACUUUGAAGGGGCUUUGUCAACGUAUCCUUCAGCCUCUUUUUUUCCCCUCGAUUUUUUAUACUACUUUUUUAUACUACUAACCUACAGUAGUAGUAUGUAAAGAGAGAUAUCUACAUAGUAUGAUACAGAACCAUAUUGUAUUACUGUAUAUUAAUAGGUACGGGGAUCAUGGUUCAAGUCUGGCGCUUGCAGUAGCGGUCAACUUAAUCUUUCGUCAUUCCCGGCUCUGUACGACUAAUCAAACAACCAAUCUCCCAUCAAGGAAAUAAGCCAGCCAGCUAGCCAGCCAACUUGCCUUCCUGCCCUAUUCGAAGUCUAUUAUGGCUGUGGCGUUAUAUUCAAUGAUUUCUCCACAAUGUCCACAUUGUAUAAAGAUCCACAUAUGUAAUUAUGUACGAAUAAAGCAUAUUAUGACGUCUUUAGAUAGUAAACGUUCAGCCUUCUUUUUAUUU